UGGUACCACAAUGACUGGACCCAGUCUAAUAAUCAAAGUGCAAAGGGCAAUCGUCUUAUGUGAACUUUGUCAUUCGGCGAGUGAGUAAGCAAAUAAAUAAAAUCAUAACAAACGGAGAUAAGAACAAUUGGACCAUACCACCCUCGUAUUGCUUUUUCGGUGAACUUUGGUAAUUAGCAUAGUGCCAGCUACAAUUUUUGAUUAAAUUCUUACAAUAUUUUAAAGUUUUUCGGAAUAAUAAGUAUUCAACAAAGCUCGUAAUACCACAAAAAAUGUAUCAAAUUUUAAAAAGAUAUUUUCACCCUGAGCAAACGCGAAUGUAAACAAUACUACGAAUUGGAAAUACUUUUAAUCAGCUGUUUGAAAAACAAAUUGUUCGCUCUCUUAAAAUUGAUGAUUUGUUUCGCGCCAAAAACAGGUACUCUUUAUUUCGGCGUGUUUACUCUUUAGUUCGCUUUCAAAAGUGAAAAAACAAUAUUAGGAAUUAGUCGUAGAUCAGCUGUUGUAGCCGAAAGAGGUGUGAUCACCGAAUCGCCGAUUUUGCAGGUGUUUAGAUACUUAAGAUAACACGCGGUGCCUUCAUUUCUGGAUUUUGUACCAAUUUACAGACGGGCAAAGGUCAGCAAACCACCAAUCAAUAUGGGAACUAUGUCUCUAAGCGAUUUCAAGGAGGUGAGAAUACCGGCACCUUGGGGUCACAUCUCCGGACGUUGGUAUGGCAAUCGAAAGGAGCGACCCAUCUUGGCGAUUCACGGAUGGCUGGACAAUCUGGGAACCUUCGAUCGCUUGAUUCCCCUGCUUCCCGACUACAUAGGCGUGCUGUGCAUCGACCUACCCGGACAUGGAAGAUCCGCUCGCAUUCAGCCAGGAAUGCACUACGCCGUCAACGAUUACGUGUUAAUCAUUCCUCGAGUAAUGAAGGAAUACGGCUGGUCGAAGGUCUCAUUGAUGGGCCACUCAUUGGGUGGCAUCAUAAGCUUCAUUUACACAUCGUUGGCACCACAUACAGUCGACAUGGUCAUCUCACUGGACAUAUUGCUGCCCUGGACGCCGAGCCCCAAAACGGUUAUUAAAACUUUGGCCCACAGCUUGGAAAAGCACCUGGUGGAAGAGGAUCGUCAGGAGGAGGGUAAUCUGCACGAGCCUCCCUCCUACACCCUUGCACAGCUGAACGAGGUCCUCGCCAAAGGAAGUUACAACUCGGUGACCCCAGAGUUUGCCCAACACUUGCUUCACCGGCAGGUGUCGAAGUCGCAACUCUAUCCAGACAGAUUCUUCUUCUCCAGAGAUGGACGAGUUAAAUACUACAGCCUAACGCAAAUGGAACCUGGAUUUUCUGAGGCGUUGGCGAAGCGCAUUCGGAGAAAACCCUACUUGAUCAUUAAAGGGUCAAGAUCUAAUUUUGUGGGAGUUAGAACCGAGAAGGCGGUCGCCAUCUUACGCCACAACAAUCCGCACUUCGAGUUUUACGAGGUGGAUGGAGGUACCCAUCACGUUCAUCUUCAUGCCGCCGAGGAGUGUGCCCGCUACAUAGUGCCCUUCAUCCGACAUCACCGACCUCCGGCACUCACUUCUUGGUCCUUGAGUGGCAAGGAGCAGCACCUAAGUGCCGAGGAGAAGCGGCGACAGCAAGAAAGAUUCUUUAAAAGGAGCACACACGCUAAGAGCAAGCUGUGAUGUAUUUUAUACGAAUCCCUAUGGUAUAAAAUUGAAUAUUCUAUACUAAUAAGAUAGCUUCAUAGGAAUAACUAGAGCAUAUAUAAUGCAUCGUUUAGUAAUGUUGAAAUAUGUUAAAUCGUACGAACAUAUAUAUCUCAACAAUUUGUAUUACAGCUCAGGUUUAGCUACAAAUCCUUUUAAUGAUAUUAAUAAAACAAGACUCCAAACA